UGUCGGCAGAGGGAGGAGGCGACCAGAGGGAGGAAGGAAACCAGGAUCACGUCACGAAGACUCGGAGUAAAAACAGGCUGAGCAGCCUUUAAUGGACGAUCCUUGAGCUGAGGGACGCUCCUAUUCGCCUUUUUUUUUCUCUUCCUUCCUGCGCGUUUGGACGAAGAUGUUUUUGUUAAUUUGCCGGCCUUAGAAUAAAAAAGGAAAAAUAAAAAAAAAAGGAGCGCAGCGAUCCUGGGAAGGGAGGAAGCGGCCGCGCAGGGGGAGCAGAUCUCAUCUUUUUUUUUUUCUGGAUCUUUCACGAGAGCAAAAAAACGCCGAGAAAUGGAAAUGUGUGCAGCCUGAUCGUGACAAACGGACCUUUUUUUUUCUCCCCCCCCUCUUCGUGAAGCCGGACCUCCCCUGAACCUCGUCUUGGAUGCGUGAGAGGGACACGCGUUUAGAGAAAACCUCCAAGGGCCUCGCCGCGCGUCGCAACCGUCGGGAGCUUUACCAGGUGACAGCUCGGGACUAAGUCAAGAUGAGUGAGCUGGAGCAGCUUCGCCAGGAGGCCGAGCAGCUCAGGAACCAGAUCAGAGAUGCCAGGAAAGCAUGUGGAGACUCCACCCUCACACAGAUCGCUGCUGGUUUGGAUCCUGUGGGGCGGAUCCAGAUGCGGACAAGACGUACCCUCCGUGGCCACCUCGCCAAGAUCUAUGCCAUGCACUGGGGUACAGACUCAAGGCUUCUGGUCAGCGCCUCUCAGGAUGGGAAGCUGAUCGUCUGGGACAGCCACACCACUAACAAGAUUCACGCCAUCCCUCUGCGCUCCUCCUGGGUGAUGACCUGCGCUUACGCCCCCUCCGGGAACUACGUUGCCUGCGGAGGCCUGGACAACAUCUGCUCCAUCUACUGCUUGAAGACGCGCGAAGGCAACGUCAGGGUCAGCAGGGAGCUGCCCGGCCACACAGGUUACCUGUCCUGUUGCCGUUUCAUAGACGACAAUCAAAUCAUCACGAGUUCGGGAGACACCACGUGUGCACUGUGGGACAUCGAGACGAGCCAGCAGACCACGGUCUUCUCGGGCCACUCCGGCGACGUCAUGAGCCUGUCCCUGUCGCCCGACCUGCGCACCUUCGUGUCGGGCGCCUGCGACGCCUCCGUCAAGCUGUGGGACAUCCGGGACAGCAUGUGCCGGCAGACCUUCACGGGCCACGAGUCCGACAUCAACGCCACCUGCUUCUUCCCCAACGGCAGCGCCUUCGCCACGGGCUCCGACGACGCCACCUGCAGGCUGUUCGACCUGCGCGCCGACCAGGAGCUCAGCGUCUACUGCCACGACAACAUCAUCUGUGGCAUCACCUCCGUGGCUUUCUCGCGCUCCGGCCGCCUGCUGCUGGCCGGCUACGACGACUUCAACUGCAACAUCUGGGACGCCAUGAAGGGAGACCGAGCAGGGGUCCUGGCGGGCCACGACAAUCGUGUGAGCUGUCUGGGUGUGACGGAUGACGGCAUGGCGGCGUGCACCGGUUCCUGGGACAGCUUCCUCAAGAUCUGGAACUGAGACAGCAUAGCCGAGCACGUCCAGCAGCUGCACGCCGCUCCCGUUUUGGGGCACAUUUUGCACCCCUUUAUUCACACUGUAAUAUUCAAAAGACUGCAACUUCACUCUGUACAUAAUAUAUACGACUUAGGUAUGAGUUUACACACACGCUCACACUGCUUGGAAGACGAGAAGACACCGAACCUGAAACACAUACACACGUCCACACUCGGUACCCACUGCUGAUUAAAGUGCACGGCAGCACACGCACACACACACACUGAUUUUUAUCUGUAAAACAUCAAAUGUAACCACAUGCAGUUGAGUCUCCAGCUGUGCUUCUAGACACAAACACCACUGUUACCUGAAACCUUUUACUUUACAACGCAGCCCCCCCGCGAGCGCCAUCUCCCGGAGGAGGACGUUUGUUUUUGUUUACAAUGAAGAUGGUGACGUUUAUUUCCUGUACUGUUUUUGUCUCAGUACCACAUCUAUCGCAGCUUUGCUGAUGUGAAGGACGAGUCAGAUGAGCCCUCAACUCUUUAGAGGGACGAGAAAAAAAAAAAAAAAUCUAAAAAAAAUCCCUGAUGUGGUUCAUAUCAUGUAGUCACUGUGUUUUUAGAGAUUUUACACACUCAGUUCAUCUGCUUUGAGGGUUUUGUUUUAUUUUGCUUAUUACCAUUUUUAAACUUAUUCAUGUUCUUCCUUUGUGCCUCAGAUACACUGAUAAUUAGACUAAUGUGCAGUUAACUCAAUCUGGGGUGAAGGAGGUAUAAAAAAAAUAAAGAAACAAAAAAAAACAGCAUAAGACAUCUUAAAAGACAGGAGCCAGUAUUUUGACCUUGACUUUGUCACUGUAUUUUCUUGACAUGGUAUAAUUGUACAUAAUAUUAAUAAAUAAUAGUCUCUCCUGCCA